AUGACACUCUCCGCGAGCACUGCGAUCCUGCUGGCUGUCACCCACCACCCGGCUCGGCACGGUACCAAUGCGCCGCCUCUGGUUCAUGAUGACGGCGAUGCAACUUCCACUUCCGGGCAGAGUGCCAGUGCGAACAUGCAUACGGCCCUGCAUGGCCUGCGUGUCAUGGUCAUCGCAACCGACGCGACCACAGAGCUCAGCGUCGCAGUCUUGCGAACCUUUGCGCCCACUCUCACGAGCUUGGCCAGCGACGUACCCCUCCUUGUUCUCGGCGUCCUGGGGACAGGCAUCGGCUUCCUGAUCGUCACGCGUACAGAUCUGCCCGUCAUCUUUAUGAUCCUUUCGACCCUCGUCGGCGCCCUCUCUGGCGCAAUAGAAGCGACCACGAGCAUUCGCUCACUCGCCGGGAGGCAGCCAGCGCUCGAGGCUGUGCUACUUGCGCAAGCAUUGAUGUCCCUGUGCACGCUGGCAAAGUCGCUCUCACUCUGGACGCGACUGCCGCAACCGUUCAAGAGCGAGAUGGGCGAUCCCCGCCGCAGCAGACGACCUUACACGGGCUAUAGCGGCGCACUAGCGAGCUUGAUCUUCUUCCUGCUUGCUCUUGCUACUGGCAUAGUAGAAGCAGGCUGGCGACUCGGCAUCUUUGUCGCCUCACCUCGACUCGUGCUGCAACUCUAUUUCGCUAGCUCGUUCGUCAUGAUUGCCUUUCUGGUGCUAGCAUCUGCUCUCUUUGCAUUCGGCAUCUUCCGGGGAAGUGAUCUUGCCAGCGAUAUACUCGAGAUGCUGCCAAUCUUCCUCGGCGUCUCACUGGACAGCCUUGUCGCGGUCAUCAACUUCAGCAUACCGGCUUUUUCGGAAAGUGCCACAGGAAGAUUCAUCUCGAGCCUCGCGAGCUUCGUCUUCCUCAUUGAGACGACCUCAUACGCGAUACGGAAGCACACCGCGCGCAAUAUCAGAAAGAUGCAGGCCAGUCCACGUUGGUCGAUCGCGACCUUUGGCAAUGCGGAGCCGGAGAAACUGGACAAGAUGUCUGUUGACGACUAUGGCUCGUCAUCUAUGUCGGACACUAGACCUACCAUACGCAUAGAUCGCGCACCUCUCGAGACGGCUUACUACAACAACGCAGACGACACACUCAGCUUCCUGAAACCAGCAAACACAGCGCGUCCGUCGCCUCAAGCAGCGCUACAAAAGGUUGCAGACGAUUUGCGCAAAGCAGCACUUGCACGCCCUGCUCAGACUGCCAACGACGUGCAGGGACCUCGCACAAUCUCGGUCAUAGAGGAGGAGCCUGCUCUGCCGCCGAUGAAGCGACCGAGUAUGCUGCGAGCCAAUACCGGCCUCUCUAAUACGAUGCCUCGUCUAGAGCGCACUCUGACCGCGCCUAAUCGGGUCACAUUUCAGCAGACUGGGACAAUGGACAAUGCUCGAUCGGCCACCAUCGAUGCCGCCAUCAUCGAGAAGGAAAUUGUGGACAUGCUGACACGCGAUACAGUGUCAUACAUCGGCGCAAGGCCGAAGCCAAUUGAAGCGCCACAGACUCUCAAACACGUCAUUCCAGCAGGAGCGUUCAGCCCAAUCCGAUCUGAGCGAACUACCCUGUCAACAAUCGCGAGCUCAGACAGCACAGGCCAAGUGCAGUGGCAGAGCACCGGAUUGGCGAACAGCGCUGUCUGUGGCAAACGAACAGCGCCGAGCAAAGCUCCUUGCAAGGCGAGAAAGCCCGAACGCACCAAGAGGACGGAAGGUAACUUGAGGAGCACAGUCGAGCGUGGUCUCCAGGCACGAGGAGAGUCGUGGGCGAGCGAGCGAGCGAGCGGGCGAGCGGGUGGCAGGACAUCAGACGAGGCAUAA